CUUCCCUCGGUGGCAGAAUUAAAGUACCAGUGUCCUGUUGCUGCCGUGCCCUUGUCUGAGCUUUCUGCUUGACUUUUUUUCUCUGCUCAGCUCUCCUCUUUGCUCCGGCAAAUCACCUCAGUUGUUUAUUUAAGUGUGACGUAUUUAUCAAGCCAGAGCCAACAGAUGAGCUGCCAUCCCAAAUUCCACACAAAAUCACUCAGGUACAGCACCAACCAUGGAGAAUGACCAGCCUCCCACCUCAACUGGGCAGGACAUCCAGGGGCAGAGAGGGGAUAAAUCUGCCCCUGGCUCUCAGGCCCCUGAUCCAGCACCCAUGGAGCAACCAAAUGCCUGCCCUGAAGCAGCUGUGUGUGAUAUCUCAGAGGAGCUGAGCCGGCAGCUGGAGGACAUUAUUAAAACCUAUGGGUCUGCUGUGAGCCUAAUGGAGAAGGAAAGUGCCACUACAGGAACUGACAGGCCUGAGAAGGGAGAGCCAGGCAGCAUGGAGGAUGCAGAGUAUGAAGAUGUAAAUGAGGAGAGUGAGAAAGAGAAGCUGGCUCCUGGGGAUGCUUCCAGAGCAAAAGAAGCCAGUGGCAGCAAGGAGCAAAAGCUAGAGAAGAAAAUCCUGAAAGGACUAGGGAAGGAAGCCACCUUACUGAUGCAAAGCUUGAACAAGCUGAAUACUCCAGAGGAGAAGCUGGACCUGUUAUUUAAGAAGUAUGCUGAGCUGCUUGAAGAACAUCGUGCUGAGCAAAAAAAGCUCAAGUACCUGCAGAAGAGGCAGGCCCAGAUCACCAAGGAGAAGGACCAUCUACAGAGUGAGCACAGCCGAGCCAUCCUCGCCCGCAGCAAGCUUGAGAGCCUGUGCCGGGAGCUCCAGAGGCACAACAAAAACCUCAAGGAAGAAACAAUUCAGCGGGCACGGGAGGAAGAUGAGAAGAGGAAAGAAAUAACUAAUCAUUUUCAAGGCACACUGAGUGAAAUCCAAGCACAGAUCGAGCAGCAAAGUGAGAGGAACAUGAAGCUCUGCCAGGAGAACACAGAGCUUGCAGAGAAGCUGAAAAGCAUCAUCGACCAGUAUGAGCUGCGGGAAGAGCACCUUGAUAAAAUAUUUAAGCACAGAGAACUUCAACAGAAACUGGUGGAUGCCAAGUUGGAGCAGUCUCAGGAAAUGAUGAAGGAAGCCGAGGAGCGACAUCAGAAAGAAAAGGAAUAUCUCCUGAAUCAAGCUGCAGAAUGGAAGCUCCAGGCCAAAAUGUUAAAGGAGCAAGAGACUGUCCUGCAGGCACAGAUCACUCUCUACUCUGAAAGGUUUGAAGAAUUUCAGAAAACAUUGACCAAAAGCAAUGAAGUGUUUGCCACAUUCAAACAGGAGAUGGAGAAAAUGACAAAGAAAAUGAAGAAGUUGGAAAAGGAUACUGCUACAUGGAAAUCCAGGUUUGAGAACUGUAACAGAGCAUUACUGGACAUGAUUGAAGAGAAAGCCAUGAGGACCAAGGAAUAUGAAUGCUUCGUGCUAAAAAUCCAGAGGCUAGAGAACCUUUGCAGGGCUCUGCAGGAAGAGAGGAACGAAUUGUACAAAAAAAUAAAGCAAGCACAGUUCCCUGAAGAAGUGAAUGGAAAUGACAUCUUAGAAGAAGAUGAUGAUGCUGAUAGAAGCCCUUCCUCUUCUGAGCAGGCAAGCAUUGAGCUGCACGAUAAUGAUGAGAGGAUGCUGAAGGAGCUGGCUGAAGCCUUUAGGGUGUCCCAUAAGGCAGAGGGGUCCAUCCCAAGCAACAGCAGCAAUCCAGAGGCCAGUGAUCCUCAGACAUGUAAUGCCAUCCUGGUGCCAGAGCUCCCCUCUCCUCUAACCCCACAGUCGGAGGCUGAGAAUCCCUGUGAGCAGCCCAGUAUGAGCACAUCAGCGCCCACUGAACACAUGCCAGCAUCCCCUGGAAGCACACCAGCACCCACUGAAAAUACUACAACACCCACCGACAACAUGACAAAGCCCACCAAAAGCAUGCUUGUGCUUCCAGAAAGAGUGCCAGUACCCACAGAAAGUGCACCAAUACCGCCCAAGAGUGUGCCAGUACCCACUGCGAACAUGCCAGAACCCACUGAAAGCAUGCCAACAACCCCCAAAAACCUGCCAAUACCAGCACAAAACAUGCCUGUUCCCCUUGAGAAUAUGCCAGCACCCACAAUAAGUCCACCAAAAGCUGCAGAGUGUGUGGAUGACCCAGCAGAGCAGUCUGUCCAAGGUCAGUCCUCAGAGGAAAUGGGUGACACAGACAUGGAAGCAGUGGAUUGAAGAUGCUGGUGUGUCCAACCUUGUCCUCUAAAAACCACAACUCUACUUUGUCCUCUAAAUUGAUACCUUUCUUUUUUUAAAGAAACAAAAAGUGGGUGCUAAAACGCACUCACAUAUCUGUAGCAAAUGUAAUGCAAUUCUCCUUGCUACCACUAUCCAGUAAUAAUGGGUCUGCAAAUUUUGCUGUCUUUCAUCUCCUUGAAGCAUAUUUUCUUAAUGACAGGAAAAUACAAUGAAAUUACAGGAUCUUUUUUCCCAGGCAUGAUGAGUCAUCUAAUUCAGCAAAACAAUUUUAAAGUGUUGAAGUUUCAUGUUUCAAAAAUCCUUGCUAUUCACAUACAUAUAUUUAAAGACUCAUCAUUAAUUAUAUCUGUUACGAGGUUGUGUAAAAUAUGGCCUACUUGGACACAUAGUGAUUUUCAUAAAUGAGGUGAAAGGAAUCUGUAGUUACAAAGUAAAAUAGUGAAACCAUCAAUGUGGUCAGCCGUAUCCAAGGAAAGAUGCAAUAGCAAAAGGUGAAUUUUUGUAUGAGCAAGCUACUACUCAGCACUGUGGCCUGAACACCCACAAGCCCUUAGCCUUACCUUGAAUCACUGUUUUCUGCUUAGUGUUCUAAAAGAGGUUUUGUUUUCAGCAGAACUGCAGGGGAGGGGAGAAGAUCUUUUCUAGAUUCCUCAUAAAAUGGCUGAAAACAACAGCAACUUAUAAAUUGAUCACAAUUCCCAAGGUAGGGGUCUCAACCCCCUUUCUGUAUCCAACAGAAACCUGCUAGUUUGUCAAGCUGUUUGGGAUCAUGAACCAAAGAGAGGGGUUUAUGAGUAUUUCCAGCUCACAGAUGGGGUCAAAAGUUCAGCAGUUGGUUGCCAGAUCCCAGCUUCUAGAUGAGGAACACAUUGGAGAUACACUAGAAGGUACCAGGACAUACUCCAGAAGAUACCCCUAAGAUCAUGCUUCUGAAUGGUGUCAUCUCUCCCAGUCACAGCCACAUGACCCUCUUCACAACAACUUCCUCCUGCUGCUUCUGACUGUGCUGAUGCCCCCAGAAGGCUGCGCACACUCACCUGUCACCCUGUUCGCUGUAGUGAAACACAAGUAAAUAGCCCAGAAGCAAAAAUAAAAGGUACCAGGAAUGCAAGAAUCUGUCUCACAGACACCUUCAGGAGCAGGCUAUUUUCAUCCCCUCUCUUGUCUAGCCAGAUCUUCCUGUCUGCCUGCCAACACAUCCAUCAUAAUACAGCCACCUUGUCAGAAACUGGUUCAUUCUGGCACCAAGAACAAAGAUGAAAAAAAAAGGGGACAAGAGAGGGUACCUACCCAGAGAGCUAUAUGGUCACAAGCAAGGACAGUAAGAAGACUUUCUGGAAGAUUAAAAAAAUCCUGUUGGCAUAUUUCUUGUUUCUCAUCUCCUUCCUCCGGAUCCAGUCUAGGCCUUUUGGAAUCUGAGCUGGAUAGCUUAGAAAUUUGAAAAGAGCAUUUAAACAAGAUGUCCAGAGUCUGGAAAGGGAAAUGUUACAAUCAAACAAACCCAUGUUUAUAGAUAUAUACCACAAAGCCCCAGAAGACAAAGCAACUCAUUCAAGCUGAAAUUGAAAUACAGGUAAACCAAGAGAAAAGAUGCCAUCUUUGGCAGCCCAUGGGAGACUGCGGUCACAGAGACCUUCCAGCCCACCAUCCUCCAAAAGCACAGUUUGAAUGUUUGCUUACUGCCAACAUGGCCCACACCCUGGUUAAGUACGUCUGUGUCUGUGUUCGCACUGCUUGGCCGAGCCUUUUUGAGAGCUAACUGUUGGAGUAUACAGUGUGAUUUGCAGCAGUUUGUUUUGAUACUGCCUUACAAACAGCUAUGACUACAGUUUUCAAAUGUGGAUGCCUUAUGUUAGAUAUCAAGACUGACAGGAUUUAUUUCAUGUCUUUAAUCACCUGAAAGUAGAUAAUUCAAGUCUUAGUUACCUUAAGCUUCUUUUAUAAGCAGUAGAGAAGAAUAGGCAUCUUUCAAGGACAGGUCAUCUCAUGGUAAAACUGGCAUCCAAAACAAGAAAUUAUUUUCCCUCUGAAGAUGCCUUUUCUCUUUGCUUGUUCUACAGCAUGCCUAAGACAACUAGCUUAAAUUUAAAAUGUCCAUUAUUAGGUGUCUAAACCAGGCCAUGAAUUCCACCAAAUGUUCAGAUUCAAAGCCCUCAGUGAAUGGUCAUCUCUGAAAGCCAAGCCAGCUAUGUGUUUGUGAAAAAGUUAGCCUGUAACAAAUCCUUAUCCUAAGAUUAAAAGUUAUACUCACCUGAUACACUUUUUAAAGUUUCCACUGACUUAAGACUGUAGAAAUAUAGUUUCCAUUACAAGUUUUGAUUGUUGUUAGGGUGACUUUUAAAACUAACAUAAUUUAUAUAUGCGUUAAUGGCUUUUUUCCUUUCUUAGUCUUGUUUGAUUCUUUUGCCAUUCUAUUAAUUACCUGCAGGAAGCCAACUUCUUUUUCUUCAAGUCGGCCCUUAGAGUGCCUUUAGUUGUUUAAGUUUUCUUAUACAUUCAAAUAUUCAAUUACAUAAUAAUAAUGAUCAACAUGGCCUUGCAACUUUAACUUGCUUCCAUUUUGUGCAGUCAUUAUGGUUGCAUCUUUAAUUGUAUAAUUGUUGCCUCA